AUGGCUCCGCGAGGCGAAAAGACGGCCGAAGUUCCCGAUCAGCCGCCCGCCGCGACGGAUCUCUAUGACAUCCUCGGUGUCGAACAAGAUGCGACGCCUGAGCAGAUCAAGUCGGCCUACAGAAAGCAGGCUUUGAAGCAUCAUCCCGACAAGGCCCCUGCCGAAGCUAGAGAGGAAGCGAACCAACAAUUUCAGAAAAUUGCCUUCGCCUAUGCAAUCCUGUCCGAUCCCCGACGACGACAACGUUUUGACAAUACCGGUAGCACCGCCGAAGCGGUCGACCUCGAUGAUGACUUUGACUGGGUGGACUUUUACCGGGAGCAAUUCUCCGCAGCGAUCGACACGAACGCGCUCGAGAAGUUUAAAAAGGAUUAUCAGGGAUCAGUCGAGGAGGAGAGGGAUGUGCUCGCUGCUUUUGACACCUACAAGGGCGAUCUAGAUCGGGUUUACGAAUCAGUGAUGCUGUCCAACGUUCUCGACGACGACAUUCGGUUCCGGGCGAUAAUUGACAAGGCCAUUGCGGAGGGGAGGGUCGAGGCAUAUGGAAAGUACACAGAGGAGCCGGAGAAGAAGCGGGAGCAGCGAUGGAGGCGAGCUCAAAAAGAGGCAAAGGAGGCCGAGAAGCUAGCGAAGAAGCUGGAGAAAGAGAAAGAGGGGAAGGGGUCAAAAGCGGGGCCCCGGAAGGGCAAGAAAGAAAGUACCAGCACGAUGGACAACAGCGAUUUGGCGGCUUUGAUCCAGCAGCGACAGACAUCUCGUGCUGAGUCGUUCUUCGACCGGCUAGAAGCGAAGUAUAACCCUUCUGGGAAAAAGCGGGUGGCAACAGAUGAGCCACCGGAGGAGGCGUUCCAAGCCACUGCUGCGCGGCGGAGCUCGAAGAAGACGAAGUCCAAGACAAAGACGUAG